AUGCAAUCGACCGAUCAUGGAUUUGCCUCCAGAAUUCAGGCAAGCCUUGGAUUCAAUCGUGCUCGUGGUGAUGAUGUGCUGUCCUUGAACAGUCCUCGUGAACCAAGGGAACCUUCUGCCUUCCUCCUUUUCAUGGGGCGGUUCUUGAGGAUUUACAUGACGCGCGCGAAAGGCAAGGACAGAACUCUAGAGAAGGCUCUGGGAGCUACCAAAGACAAGUGGAAAUCCAUGUCUUACUAUGCUAGGUCUCCUCACAAUCUUGUGGCCUAUCCUCGGAUGGAAGCGUACAAGAAGGACUUGAAGGCCUACAAAAAUUUCCAUCAGAAGAAAGACGAGAAACCCGACGAGUCACCAUCUGAGGAAUCUUUGCAAGUCCUGUCUCCCUUCGGAGUCUAUGUGGAUACCGAGUACUUUUUCGAUAAGGAACUUGCUGCCAGUAUGACGAUCGACGAACACCGUGCAAAGUGGGAAUCCAUGACACCACAUGAGAAGCUUCCUUGCAUUGAAAUGGCUACCAAUCGGAUGGCGGAGCAUGAGAGGAACACUAUAGCCGAGUAUAUGGGGAUACUGGAAAUACUGAUAAGUGGGGAUGAUGACGAAUCUGACGGUGAAGGAGACGAGGGAUGUGAGGGAGCUAAGGCAGCCACUGGCUUAUUAUUGUUCUUGGAGGAUUUCCUUAAACUCUACGACGAAGCUGCUACCGAGGCCAAACCUGACGAAGCCAAACCCAAACCAGACUAGAGCAGACCUGCAGAUGUUUUGAUUGCCGAAAAGCUUCAAGAAUGGAAAAAUAUGACGGAAAUUGAAAAGGAACCUUACAAUGCUGAGGCUGAGCAACUUAUGAUUCAGUAUGAUAUAGACAUGUUUUUCUAGGCUGGUUUGAUGAAAGGCUGAUUUCGUGUCUUACUACUCCAAAUGUUGAUUUCGUGUCUUACUACUCCAAAUGUUGAUUUCGUGAGUUUUGUCUUUCGAAUUGUGUGCGAUAGAUAAUAGAUUGAACGUGAAGUUUUUUUUAUAAUCUUGGUUACCGUUCAAUCGCUCUACAUUGUCUUGACCAUAUAUUAUACUCGUAUAUAUUCA